AGUAGUUUUUAAAGAGUAAUUAAGGAUGUUAACUGCUAUAUUCCUAACUACUUUAUUAUUAACUGUUUAUUCGUUAGAUGACGAAACAUUAUGGCAGGACUACAAGUUGAAGUAUAAUAAAACCUACAAAUCAGUAGAAGAUGACUACCUACAUUUUAAUAUAUUUCAAAAUAAACUCAGACUUAUCGAAAAACAUAACACGGAAUACGCUGCUCACAAACAUUCUUAUAAAAUAGGCAUCAACCAAUUCACCGACCAAACCAAAGAAGAACUGGAGAGAAUCUUUAACCGAAGAAAACCUCCCCAUCGACCAAACCACCACCACAUAUUUUCACAAACCACUCCCCAGCCCUUACCCAACGCAAUAGACUGGAGAGAUAACAUCACCGCCAUUGGUGACCCCACUGACCUGAUAGCAGAAUAUCCCUGCAAAUUAGACUGGGCAGCAGCUGCUGCAGACGCUCUAACAGCCCAGAAUUUCCUAAUCAACAAAGGGCAAGAUUUACUCAGCUCGCAGCAGCUCUUGGACUGCUCCUCUGCCUUCGGGACUGACGGGUGCAAUGGCGGUGAUGCCACAUCGGCCUUUGAAUACGUGGAAUACAACGGCAUUAACACCAACCGCGAUUAUCCUUACGUGGGGACAAACGGCACCUGCAAAGCUAAGAAUACCUCGGCAAUCAAAGUCGCUGGUUACAGGACUGUGUUUUCCACUGAAGAAGACCUGCAGGUGGCCGUUGCAACUGUCGGUCCCAUACCGGUGAGGCUCUAUAUGGAGACGUUUCUGGAUUACAGAGGCGGCGUGUACGAUAAUCCGGGGUGCUUGAGCGACUUGGACUUGCUGGACUCGACUGCGUUGGUCGUUGGUUACGGUACUGAUCCUGCCACUGAUAGAACGCCGGCUACAGAUUUUUGGUUGAUCAAAACGAGUAUGGGAGUGUAUUGGGGCGAGGAUGGUAUGAUCAGGAUCAAGAGAGGGCUGUACUUGUGCGGGAUCACUUUGGACGCCGUUUAUCCGGUGGUUGUGAAAAAUUGAGAUUGAUUUUAUUUGGUCGUUUCAUUUAAAUGAUGUUUUCUGUAUUUAAUAAUAAUUUUUCCAAAC